UCUGCAAUCGAGUCGACUCCCCCUACCGCCGCCACCUCGGGACCAUCCAAGUCUGCAACACAGAAAUCCCGUGUAUCGCUGGCUUGCAAGAGGUGUAAGCGUCGAAAGCAGCGAUGCGAUGGCGCGCGUCCUCGUUGCAAAUCGUGUGAAAAGGCAGGAGUGGCAUGUGCGUACGAGAAAACUGUUCGCCCUCAGUAUCCAGGUGGCAAGUCACUGUAUAUCGGUGCGCUGGAAGAACGAAUUGCAUUCCUCGAAGCUCGACUGCCUGACCACGCCGAAGAUCACCUCCUCAAUGAUGUACAGGAUCACUCAGAGACUAUCAUCGAUGGUACUUGGACUGUGCCAGAGGCCGAUGGUGUCGGGCAGAGUCAUUCGCCUAACUCAUCUCCAAGAGAACUCAUGUCUGAUCAUAUAAACCUUGAGCAGAGGGNNACGUCUUUGGUGGGAGGUGUGGCCUACCUCUCACUAUGUGCCUCUGGUACAACUGACUCGACAUCUGAACCGUACUACAUCGGCUCUAGCUCUGGAUCUACUAUCGCACGAGUUAUCCAAGCGUCCAUAUUUGGACAUGCAAAAUCCAGGAUAACGACCGACAUUGCAUCGUCGCCAGAACAAAUCCGAUCAGAGCCGAGAACGCCACCUGAAUCAAUCCACUCUGAUGCAGCUUCUCUUGAAUUCCCUGAGAUUCAGCAAGCUCGUAUGUUGUUUGACACAUUUUUCGAGCGCGUCCAUACUCGUUGGCCGAUAUUGGAUCGCAGCAUCUAUGAAGAACUGUUUGGAAAGCAGUACCUCUCUGGAGCUCUGACGGCUGUUGAGCGAAGUAUCUUCCACUUGAUAUAUGCAACUACGGCUCGAUUCUUGUCUUUGACAAGAAGGGUACACAGCGUCAAUCCUGAGCCAAUGAGCCAUAUACUAGAGCAACACAGUCUUGCAAGCCUUCAGUUCCUCGUACUGCUUGGUGUACAUAGUCAAAGGUCGCCGUAUGGUGCUGGAGCCUGGUCCCAGAUCCGUUUUGCUACCUCAAUUUGUAUUGAGAUGGGCCUGCAUAGGAAAAGACCAGGAUUUCGUACAGUAACAGACAAACAAGCGAGAGAUGAAGAACUUCGUCGAAGGAUCUUCUGGUCUUGCUAUUGUCUUGAUCGCGCGACAAGUAUUGUACUUGGCCGAGCUUUUGCUAUUACUGACAGAGAUAUUAAUGUGGAGCCUCCUAGCCCCAUUCAAGGAGUUUGGUCGAACGUUGAACCUUUCAUACACAUCAUUCGGCUUGAUCGAAUCCACUCACGAAUUCAUAAGGUUGUGUUCCGAGUUGACAGAGAUAUUUUGAAUGGCACAGCUGAAGAGCAGGCUAAGUGCGAUCGCAAAAUGGCCACCAUUAAAGCAGAUCUGGAUGAGUGGCUGGAGAAGUGCCCUGAAACUCCCAAGGAUGGGAACAAGACUACUUGGAUGUAUGAUCCAGAAAGCGCUUACCUCGAUGCUAGAGACUUCUACGGCUUAUAUCAGACCCACGUUUCCUUAUCUGCACUCGCUCAGCAACCUCUGUCUGCAUCGCAUACAAGCGGC